CCCCGCCCCCUUUUCUAUUUUUGAACAGGCACAUUCUGGGCAGCUCAUUUGACUCAGAUUACUAUAGGAUCUGUGGGGGUCCUGAGCGUCGGGGAAGUAAGAAAGCAAAUCCCGGGAAGAAAGGCUUGAGUUCAGGAAAACCUUACAUCAAGACCUGCUGGAGAAGUAUUAUUGUGAUUAUUAUUAUUAUCAGUAUAUAUUCUUUUGGUCCUGACUGUGGAGCAGGGUUCAACUUCAGGCAGCAUCAAGGCCCCUUCAGGCAGCGCCGUGGGCAGCCCCGCAGCCGGGGCCUGGUGCAGCCGCCGCGGCCGCUGUCAGGGAAGCGCAGGCGGCCAAUGGAACCCGGGAGCGGCCGCUGCUGCUGAGGCGGCGGUGUCGGCAGCCCGACCCCGACCGCCUGCACCCCCUCCGCAGGGGUCCCCAGGAGCUUGGAAGCUCGAAGUCUGGCUGUCGCCAUGGGAGACAUGGUAGUGGAGCCUGCCCCCCUGAAGCCAACUUCUGAGCCUACUUCUAGCCCACCAGGGAAUAAUGGGGGCUCCUUGCUAAGCGUCAUCACGGAGGGGGUCGGGGAACUAUCAGUGAUUGACCCUGAGGUGGCCCAGAAGGCCUGCCAAGAGGUGCUGGAAAAAGUCAAGCUUUUGCACGGAGGUGUGGCCAUCUCCAGCAGAGGCACCCCACUGGAGUUGGUCAAUGGAGAUGGUGUGGACAGUGAGAUCCGUUGCCUGGAUGACCCACCUGCCCAGAUCAGGGAAGAGGAAGAUGAGAUGGAAGCUGCUGUGGCCUCGGGAACAGCCAAAGGAGCAAGAAGGCGUCGGCAGAACAACUCAGCCAAACAGUCUUGGCUGCUGAGGCUGUUUGAGUCAAAACUGUUUGACAUCUCUAUGGCCAUUUCAUACUUGUAUAACUCCAAGGAGCCUGGAGUGCAAGCCUACAUUGGCAACCGGCUUUUUUGCUUUCGCAAUGAAGAUGUGGACUUCUAUCUGCCCCAGCUGCUUAACAUGUACAUCCACAUGGAUGAGGAUGUGGGUGAUGCCAUUAAGCCCUACAUUGUCCACCGUUGUCGCCAGAGCAUUAACUUUUCCCUCCAGUGUGCCCUAUUGCUUGGGGCCUACUCUUCAGACAUGCACAUUUCCACUCAACGACACUCCCGUGGGACCAAGUUACGGAAGCUGAUCCUCUCAGAUGAGCUGAAGCCAGCUCACCGAAAGAGGGAGCUGCCCUCCUUGAGCCCAGCUCCCGAUACAGGGCUGUCUCCCUCCAAAAGGACUCACCAGCGGUCUAAGUCAGAUGCCACUGCCAGCAUAAGUCUCAGCAGCAACCUGAAACGAACAGCCAGCAACCCUAAGGUGGAGAAUGAGGAUGAGCCUGUCCGACUGGCUCCUGAGCGAGAAUUCAUCAAGUCCCUAAUGGCAAUUGGCAAACGGCUGGCCACUCUCCCCACCAAAGAGCAGAAAACCCAGCGGCUGAUCUCAGAGCUCUCCCUGCUCAACCAUAAGCUCCCUGCCCGAGUCUGGCUACCCACCGCUGGAUUUGACCACCACGUGGUCCGCGUGCCCCACACACAGGCUGUUGUCCUCAAUUCCAAGGACAAGGCUCCCUACCUGAUCUAUGUGGAAGUCCUUGAAUGUGAAAACUUCGACACUACCAGUGUCCCUGCCCGGAUCCCCGAGAACCGAAUUCGGAGCACACGAUCUGUAGAGAAUCUGCCUGAAUGUGGUAUCACCCAUGAGCAGCGGGCUGGCAGCUUCAGCACCGUGCCCAACUAUGACAAUGACGACGAAGCCUGGUCAGUGGAUGACAUAGGCGAGCUACAAGUCGAGCUCCCUGAAGUGCACACCAACAGCUGUGACAACAUCUCCCAGUUCUCCGUGGACAGCAUCACCAGCCAGGAGAGCAAGGAGCCUGUGUUCAUUGCAGCAGGGGAUAUCCGACGGCGCCUUUCAGAACAGCUAGCUCAUACCCCCACAGCCUUCAAACGAGACCCAGAAGACCCUUCUGCCGUUGCCCUCAAAGAGCCUUGGCAGGAAAAAGUACGGCGGAUCAGAGAAGGCUCCCCCUAUGGCCAUCUCCCCAAUUGGCGGCUCCUGUCAGUCAUUGUCAAGUGUGGGGAUGACCUUCGGCAGGAACUGCUGGCCUUCCAGGUGUUGAAGCAACUGCAGUCCAUUUGGGAACAGGAGCGAGUGCCCCUUUGGAUCAAGCCAUACAAGAUUCUUGUGAUUUCGGCCGACAGUGGCAUGAUUGAACCAGUGGUCAAUGCUGUUUCCAUCCACCAAGUGAAAAAACAGUCCCAGCUCUCCUUGCUUGAUUACUUCCUACAAGAGCAUGGCAGUUACACCACUGAGGCGUUCCUCAGUGCCCAGCGCAAUUUUGUGCAAAGUUGUGCUGGCUACUGCUUGGUCUGCUACCUGCUGCAAGUCAAAGACAGGCACAAUGGGAACAUCCUUCUUGAUGCAGAAGGCCAUAUCAUCCACAUCGACUUUGGCUUCAUCCUGUCCAGCUCACCCCGAAACCUGGGCUUUGAAACAUCAGCCUUUAAGCUGACCACAGAGUUUGUGGAUGUAAUGGGUGGCCUGAAUGGUGACAUGUUCAACUACUACAAGAUGCUCAUGCUGCAAGGGCUGAUCGCCGCUCGCAAACACAUGGAUAAGGUGGUGCAGAUCGUGGAGAUCAUGCAACAAGGCUCUCAGCUGCCUUGCUUCCACGGCUCCAGCACCAUUCGCAACCUUAAAGAGAGAUUCCACAUGAGCAUGACUGAGGAGCAGCUCCAGCUGUUGGUAGAGCAGAUGGUGGAUGGCAGUAUGCGGUCUAUCACCACCAAACUCUAUGAUGGCUUCCAGUACCUCACCAACGGCAUCAUGUGACACUCUCCUUCUCAGGCCCAGCAGUAGUGGGGGGCAUCUAUGGCACCCUCCCCGGGAGGGCCCUUGUCGAAGAAACCCCAAACCAUGAAAUCCCACCUACCCAACCAUCCACCCAAGGGAAAUAGAAGGCAAGAAAUACAAAGGAUCAUGUGGUAACCGUGAGAGCUUGCCAAGGGGUGGGAGAGCCAGCUAAGGGGUCCAGACCUGCCGGGGUUCCUAUGCCCUGCGGUGUCAGUACUACCACCUGACAAGACUCCAGGAUCACUGCCCUCCAGAGAACAGAGGACGAAUGAGGGGCACCAGGGCCUUUCUUCUCACCAGGAUAGGAUCUGAGGCUCUUUUCCACAGGCCAUCUUUAAUCUUUUCUGGGCCCCAGCAAAGGGAGAAGAGUGGGUUCUUGGUACUUAGGAUUUGAUCCUAUAGUUGGCCUUUGGCCAUGCUGCUGCCCAACUCUCCUCUGCCAGGGACUGACCCCCAGCCAGAGUUCCCCUUGGUAGGUGGGCUCUGACAUAGGUUCCUGAAGUUGCUGAGCUUCCCUGUCAUGGCGGUGAGGAAGGGAAUUACCACAAUCCCUCCAGCAUAUUGAGGGUACUGGCCUAGCCAUGAGGAAUUCCUUCCCCUCAUACCUUCCUUACACCCAGGGAAAUGGCUCUCGAUUUUUUAUUUUUAAUUUUUGUCUGAAAUAAAGUCCUUAGUUAGCCA